UUUUUAGAAGUUAGUUUUAGAGGAAAAUUUGUGGGUCUUGUCAUCUUGUGGCUGCCUCUCAACCCCGCGUUCUCUUCUCGUCCUCUCUCCCACCACCGCCAACCACCGGCUGUGAUCUCCCGCUGCUCUUUGCCGCCGUCGGAAAGAUAUUUACCAUAAAGAUCGGCCUUGAGAUUAUACAGUCUUGUCAAGGAAGAUGGUCCUUCAGUCGGAAUGAGGGUGAGGAUGAUGAUGCAGGAAUAUUAUCAGACAUAAUUCGUGUCUGCAUUGUACAUUAGACACUAAAAGGUGCAUACAGACUCCAUGAGUUCAAAAAUGAGAGACAUGCGUAGGAUCAUUGAGGGGUUAUCAUUAGUAGCCAGGGAGGUUGUGAGACGUACAGGGGCAAGUGAGGGUUCAAGAGAUGCACUACAAUCUAUCAUUAAGAAAUCUGCAAGCAUAUGUGGCCUUACGAGAGGAAAGGUACAGGUUCACCAACGUGAACCAUUAGGUAGUAAGCCAAUGAAGGAUAUGGAAGACUCUGUUGUUUACUUUAAUAGUGAUGCUAGUUAUACUACUGGUAGUAGUUCCACCUCCAGGGAAGAGGUCAUGUCAAGUUCAGAGAUAGCUUCUACUGAUGGUUCAAUUGCUGCUGCUUCUUCUGAACAAUCUCUCUCAAAUCCAGCAUUGGAAUCUCUGAAUCAGCCUGAUUUGUGCGCAGAUGGAAGAGCUAAUUUUGUGGCUGAUCAAGUGAUUGGUGUGGGAGAGGCUCAAAAUGCCAACACUCCCACCUCUGCCUCCACCAUUGCCACCCCUUCAAAGAGGCGGAAGCCUAGAGAAAGAAAAGUGCCUGCUACACCUUUCUCCAGAGCUCUUGGGUUUGCUAGUCUAGGAGCUGGUCUUGCCUGGGGAAGUGUCCAAGAAUCUGCCAAGACGCUUUUCUUAGGAAGGCCUGAUACACAGGAUAAGCAGUCUAGCCCGUCUUCAUUUCUAUCUGAAAAAAAUGCAGAACGGCUGGCACUUGCUCUUUGUAGAAUGCGUGGAGCAGCAUUGAAGAUAGGGCAGAUGUUGAGUAUACAAGACGAGUCUCUCGUUCCUGCUCCGAUCUUGGCUGCUUUAGAGAUAGUCCGUCAAGGUGCUGACGUGAUGCCAAGGAGCCAAAUUAAUCAAGUCUUGGAUGCCGAAUUAGGGUCUAAUUGGUCUUCAAAGUUGAAGAGUUUUAACUAUGAACCCUUGGCUUCUGCAAGUAUAGGCCAGGUUCACCAAGCUGUCACACAUGAUGGUAUGCAUGUAGCGAUGAAGAUUCAAUACCCAGGGGUAGCAGAUAGCAUUGAAAGUGACAUCAAGAAUGUGAAGCUGUUGUUGGACUAUACAAACCUGAUUCCCAAGGGACUUUAUCUAGACCAAGCUAUGAAGGUUGCAAGGGAAGAGUUAUCACGUGAAUGUGACUAUGUGUUGGAAGCAAGUAACCAAAAAUUAUUUAGGAAUCUCCUCUCAGAAAAACAAGGGCUUUAUGUACCCUUGGUUGUGGAUGAGUUAUCAAGCAAAAGAGUCCUGACUACGGAACUUAUUUAUGGAAUUCCCAUUGAUAAAGUGGCAUCACUAGAUCAGGAGACUCGAAAUGACGUUGGAAAGAAGUUGUUGGAGCUGACUCUGAUGGAGUUAUUUAUCUUCCGUUUCAUGCAGACUGACCCAAAUUGGGGCAACUUUUUGUAUGAUGAAGAAGCAAGAGUGAUCAACUUGAUUGACUUCGGAGCUGCACGAGAUUAUCCCAAGACCUUUGUAGAUAAUUAUCUAAGAAUGGUGGUUGCUUGUGCGAAUUGCGAUAGAGAUGCUGUGUUAGAAAUGUCUCGGAGACUUGGGUUCCUGGCGGGGGAGGAAUCGGAUAUAAUGUUGGACGCUCAUGUUCAGGCUGGUUUUGUUGUUGGCCUGCCUUUCUCAAAAUCUGGUGGAUAUGAUUUCCGCUCGACCAAUGUUACUCACAGCCUCUCAAAUCUAGGCGCAACAAUGCUAAAACAUAGAUUGUCGCCUCCUCCUGAUGAAGCCUACAGUCUUCACCGGAAACUUUCUGGUGCCUUUUUGGCUUGCAUCAAGCUAGGUGCUGUUGUGCCAUGUAGAGAAUUGCUGUUGGAAAUAUAUGAGCAUUACAAUUUUGGAGAAGAUAGUGGUCAGAUCUUGCCAAGUGAAUCAGUUUAGUGAAGCUGCAAAUGUCUAGUAUAUCUGCCAUUAGAUCAAUUGAUUAUUAUACGUAAUAAUUUGAGGAUGUAAUUGGGCGUCCUUCAACUGUAUAGACUUUUUUUCAUUUUCCCCUCAGCUGAUGAAAUUUUGCAAUUACGAUUUGUUUUUUAGAAGGCUUAAUACAAAAAGAGGUGGAGAAUUGAUGUUCUUUCAUAUGUUACAUUCUGAAGAACACAAUCUGCAGAACAAACUGUAUCCCCUCCUAAUUCAUAUGAGAUAUAUAGAUGAGCUGAAGAUAACACCUUUUACGAGGUCAUCCAUUCUGCUGAUGUUCUUCACAUGAAUUAGAGUUUAACCCCUUGCAAUGAACAAUCGAACAUGUAUAACAUUUACCGUCCGGUAUUUCUUUUA